GCUUUUCCACGAUCAGAAUGUGCUCUUAUUCUCUUGCUCCGGCAAUUUUCUGUCUUUUCUUUAUUCCAAUGGUCUCUGCUACUGGACAUCUUCGUCUUGAGCUCACUGCUUCCAGUCAUUUUUCAUUGCAUCUUUCAACAAAUUCAAGUCUUCAAAUUGUCGAAUUGGCAAUGGGAUCUACAAGAACUCUCAGUUUUCAUCCAAAAGAUCAUCAAGAGACUCUUGAAAUUGUAUUUUCGAAGGAAUUCAACUUCCCAUUGAAGUAUGCUUAUAAAAUGGAAACUGAUGAUAGUAGCUAUCAAACAUUUGCAUUCACUGAUAUUGUUCUUCUUGUUAAAUCGACUUUUAAAUGUGAUGCUGGUUUUAAUGGAAAAUCAUGUCAAGAGAAGACUACAAGUACAACUACUACUACUUCCACUAAAACUGAAAUCCAAACUACAACCACUACAGUUUUGAUUUCGGAAGUUCCAUCAACUACUCCAAUUAUUAAUGCUGCAGCAUUCCAACAAUUCGACAACUCUAAUACUAUUAUGUGCUCAGUUCUUAUCAUCGUCACAGCCACUCUCCUGGUUUUGGUUCUGAUCGCUUUCUUCUUACUCAAAUUUCAAAAGAAAAAUGUCUACAUUCGACCGGGAACUCCGAAUUUAGAAAAAUGUCCAAUGAAAUUGGAAGAUUCUGGAUUUUCAUCUCCUACAAGCCCAAGAUACACCGCAGAGCCACAUAGCCUUUUUUGAUUAUUCAAAUACAAAUAUUUUUUUUUACUUUACUAGUGGAGAGAGUUAUUACAUCAAUUUGUACAAGUUUUGUUCUCCAUAAAAUACUGAUCAGAUGA